AUGCCCCCCUUCUUCCAGAUCUUCCCCAUAAUCUCCGGCGUAGUCUGGCUCGGCACCCUCCUCGGCCUGCUCAUCUACUGGUGCACCAACGAACACCGGCGUCACUACGCCUCCAUGGACUCGCUCCAAACCAUAGCCUACAUCUCGGACGUCGGCGCCUCGACGCUCAAGCCCUUAUUCAUAGCCGGCUGCUCCGUCACCACCGUCUUCCUGGACCUCUCCUUCGGCGCCGACCGCUGGCUCCGGCACAAGGGCCGGUUGGUCCCCAACACCACCGUCACGGAAAAAGUCCUGUCGGGAAUCACCAUCGUCUUCGCCAUCAUCGGCACCGCCGGCCUGAUUCUGCUGAGCAUCUUCGACACGGCGCGACACCCCAAGUUGCACGACAUUUUUCUGCUGCUGUUCAUUGCCGGCUACGUCAUCAGCGCCAUCUUUAUCUGCUGGGAGUAUCAGAGGCUCGGCAUGCGCUAUCGCGAGCACCGCGUCCUCCGCAUUUCCUUCUGGAUCAAGCUGGCGUUUGUCAUCGUCGAGAUCAUCCUGGCCAUCGCGUUUGCUAGUUGCAAUUUCACUAAGCACUACAACGCCGCCGCGGUGUUGGAGUGGACGAUUGCGUUUAUUUUUAGUUUCUAUGUCUUUUCGUUUUGGAUCGAUUUGUAUCCCGCCGUCAGGACCAAGGGGUCCGGAGGGUACAGGGGAAACAACAAGGGCAUGAAUGAGCAUGGAAAGGGCUUUUUAGGAGGAUGCGAUGAUUGUGGUUCUUUUGAGGAAGAAUAA